AUGAUGAUGAAUACUUUUUUCUAUGAAGAUGGACAAGAGAAUAUUUUAAAUGAACAAAACAAGAAAGCUUGCGACCCAAUGAAGGAUGUUUUAAUGCAAGCCAAUGUUCCUAACAUAGUUCUAGAAACAAUUACUAAUCGGGAAACCUACUUGAACGCUAAGCGUCCUGAGAAAACGUCUGAUGAGACUUUGUCUAAAAAGCAGUCAAGAUCAAGCGAGAUGAACCUACCAGUAAAACCAUACAAUAAUUACAACGAUUUCACCCGGGAAUCGUUCAACUACCGUAUGCUUGAAAGCCCUUGA